CAACCAUUUCGUUUACAGACAUUUGAACUAUUGGAUGUUUGGAAAACAGCGCGUAUUAUCACCUUUGCGGACCAUUCAGUCAUGGUAAACGAUGAGCAAAGGACUCCACCAGUUAUUCUAAUGGAAUUCUUCAAUAUGAUUCCACUAAGAGAUCAAACCAACGUUUCUUCAACUUUGACAGAAAUCCGUAACAGUCUGGAUGAUGUAAUUCCGAAUACUAAUCCUAUAGCACCAUUUAUUAGCAAAAUCAAGCAGUUACAGUUAGUUUUCAUGAAAAUUCCAAUGGUACUAAGAAAACAAGUCAAAUGUCUACUACUUGAAGGCUUAGAAGUUUCAUUAGAGAUCUCUAACCCACUAUUGUGUAUUUUCACACUAUGUGUAUGUUUAUUGGAAUUGAGCGUUUUGAGAAAUUGUGAUCGGUCAGAUAUAGAAAGCAAGGAUAUUUGGGCAACUACACAAAAGUUAAAUUGGUCUGUAUUCCCAAAAUUAUGUGAAAAAAUAAAGCAACAGAAAACGAAUCUACCUUCACUUUUAUCAUGGUCAUAUUGUAUGUUAGCAUUCACAUUCUAUGCUUGUGCUGAGUGGGUACAUAGUCAAGGUUGCAAACCUUCAUCCUCCUUCUGUAUCCAGAAUUCUGUAGUAUUUGAUGAGACUAUUUUGGAUCAUCCAACUGUGCCAGAUAUAUUGCGCCAUGUUCUUUAUAAUCAGAUAAAGAAUAGACCUUAUUUCACUCCUCCUCCUUCACGAACGUUAUUAGAUCUCAUGUUUUCAAGUGCAAUAUCUAGUAAUGCAGGAAUUUUAAUUUCUUGUAAGUAUAAAAAAACAUAUGACCAAUCUGAUUGUUCUAUUGAGUUUGAUGAACCACCGAUGCGACCUACAAAAGAUCCUAAGGAAAUCAAACUUAUUCCUGAAAACAAUUCAAGUCAACUGCCCUCAUGUUUUCAGGAUAGCUUGCAAACUGGUUCAUCCGAAGAAGUUUUUUCUAACCUAAAUUUGUUAAAACAACUACUUGGAAAUUCUGACCUCCAGAACUCAUUAGUGGAACCAUUAAUUUUCAGUUUACGACAGUCACCUUUCAUAUUAAAACGUCUGAGAAGUUGCUUGACAGUUAGUCAAAAACCAGAUGAUAUGAAUGUUUGUUUAUAUGAGAAAACUUACACCGUGCUACUGCAACUGUGGUUUCAAGCUGCUACGGAUCGUACGUUACUUAAAAACUUUCCACAGUCAUACAUAUGGUUAUGUGGUCUCACCUGUCCAAUGUACGAGGUAAUGAGCAUAACUGGAUUCCAUGAUGUUGUUGUAUGGACUGGGCGCUUUCUCACUGCAUACGGAAAUAUUUUUAGGUCAUCAAUUUUAAACUCACCCCACUGGUACCUACAAAUGAUUACGGAUGUAGUGAUUGCUAUAAUAAAUCGAUCAGGAAAAGGUAGUCAGCAGGAUAUACCAUGUGAUGAAAUGGAUGAAGUGCUUUGUAGUUGUAUGGCUGCAAUUGUCAGACCAUUUCAUGCUCUCAGAAUUGAAGACCGUGAAGUUUACGCUGAGAUGUCUCGAGCGAUCAAGGUCCCUUUAGAAUCGAUCGUAUCACAUCUUUCAAGUUGCUCAGUUAUAAAAGAAAGCGCAAAUAUCAAAAGGAAGAAAACAAAGACAACAGAAUCAACGAGUGCACCAACAAUUAGUUUUAGAUUAAAAGAUUUCAUUGUUCAUCAUCUCAUAUAUCCGAUGAUUAGAGCAUGCGACAAAUGGGCAAUGGGACAGGCAAAGCUGGGAAUAAAACCACAUUGUGCGAAAACGCUACUUAAUCAACUUAUUAUCGACGCUAAAAGUCAGAAUGAAAACUUUGAAGGUCCUCUUCAAAUCGCAAAAAAGUUGGAUAUCGUACGACCACCGGUUGUAGGUGGCUUGCAGGUAGCGGAAAAAUUAUCGUUAAAACGAAAAAGAUAAGGGUUAUUAUGUAUAGCAGGUAUAUUGUGUAAAAACAAUUGUGCUAAUCCAGAAAUUUUUGAUUUCUAUGGGUAAGAAAAAAAUUAUAUGAACAAACAAAUCUAAAGAAUCCAAAAUAAAAA